AUGGCCAUCAACUACCUCAUUCUCCUUUCCAGACAGGGCAAGGUGCGCCUGGCGAAGUGGUUCACCACACUGUCUCCCAAGGAGAAGGCCAAGAUCGUCAAGGAUGUCUCACAGCUUGUCCUUGCCAGACGAACCCGAAUGUGCAACUUCCUCGAAUAUAAGGACACGAAAAUUGUCUACCGCCGAUAUGCGUCGCUGUUCUUCAUCGCCGGAUGCUCAUCGGAUGACAACGAGCUGAUCACCCUCGAGAUCAUCCAUCGCUAUGUCGAGCAGAUGGACAAAUACUACGGCAAUGUCUGUGAACUAGACAUCAUCUUCUCCUUCACCAAGGCGUAUUACAUCCUCGAUGAGAUACUCCUAGCUGGAGAGCUCCAAGAGAGCAGCAAGAAGAACGUCCUCCGAUGUAUAUCUCAACAGGACUCCCUGGAGGAUAUGGAGAUACGACUAUAUCAUUGCACAGUUGUUCUGGCUACGGCUAAUGUGGUCUCCGCCUAA